UUACUUCGAGGAGAGCGGUUGAUUCAAAUCAUUUGAACUGCAAAGUCUCGUGUUGAUCAUUCUGCUUGCAGUAGUCGAGUCUGUGUGAAGGAUCUUGAUUCUGUGUUCAGGUGUUUGUUGUUCCUAGCAGUAGCAGCCUUCUUUUCCCCUGCCCCAGAGCUUAGUCAAGUUAGUGUUCAUAAUCAUGAUAAUGAAGUAGUAGUAUUGACACAAGUAGGUGCGCUUCGGCAUCUGAGGCAGUAAGUAUGAGCUGGGUCCAAGAGGAGUGGAAGGAUGGACUGGCUCCGAGCGUACUGCAUAAAAUUGAUCAGCUUGAGAGACAAACUGAACAAUUGCGGAAAGAGAAUCAGCAGAGGCGUUUCCAGGUCGAUACGUUAGAGCAGGCACUGCGCAAGCAGAAAAAAGCAGUGGAGGAGGAAAAACAAGUAAGUGGCGAACUGAAGGGCGAGCUGCAAUCAGUAACCAGAUCCAAUUGUGAAUUGGAACAAAAAUUGUCACGUCACGAAAAUGAUCAGUCGAGGCAAUUGGCUGCUGAGCGCAGUGCUCUGGGUUCUCUCAAAUCGCGGAAUAUCGCAGCCCAGGAGCUGUUGAAGAAGCGAGAGAGCGAGGCACGCGUUCUGACAGAGCGAUGUAACGAGUUGACAAGUGAUUUGGGUUCGUGUCGUGAGGAGCUGGUUGCUGCAAGUACGAACAUGGAGAAAUUGACCGAUCAGAUGGCUGUAUGUAAGAACGAGCUGAGAAUGGAGAAGGAGAACUCAGCCGUACACUGCAGGGACUUGGAGAAAGUGAAUGCAUCAUUGGCCAACGAUUUGGUGGAUUUGCAAGAGCAGUUGAGAGGCGAGAAAGCCAAUUGCGAAGCCACUCAGAACCGGAAUGAGGAACUGACACGGCAGGUGAACGUGUAUGCCGAGCAGGCGUCCGAGCUGUGUAAGGAGCGUGAUGAGAGCAAUGCGACCACUUUGAGUAUGAAAGUCGAACUGGAGGAGCUGAAAUCUACAUAUGACGCAGCAGCCCUGGGAUGUACCUCUGCCACUGAGCUCGCCAGGUCUCUGCAGGAGCGGCUGGAUGCCUCCGAGCGCCUGUGUUCAGAGGCAGCAGAAGAGAUGGGACCUCUGGGUGACCAGCUUGCCUCCUACAAGGAUCAGGUUGAUAGCUUGACCGUGGAGCGUGAUCAGCUACUCGAGCACAGUAAUGCAGCACAGGCAUUGCUGGAGCAGCUCGAGGAUGCACGUAUGGACAGUGAGCAACGCUACAGUGAUCUACUAGCUACAGUAGAGGUCAACGGCGAGAACCAGUCACUGUCUGCUGAUGUUCUGGAAGCUAAGGAUGAGCAGCUAUCUUUGAUCAUAUUAGAGAAAGAAAACAUCUCCAGCCAGUUGCAGAUCGAAGCCGAUCAGGUCGCCAAGCUGACCGAUCAGAAUGAGAACCUAGAAAAUCAGCUAGAAGCUGCUAAUGACCAACUGUGUUCUGUUUCGACACAGCUCUCUGCAGCUAGCCAGAGCAUGGAACGCAUGGAGCAGGAGAUUUCAGAGCAAGCCAACCAGCUGUCCAGCGGUACGGCGGUGCUCAGGAGCAAAGAUGAGCAGUUGCAAACUGUCACUCAGGAGUUCACCGUCCAAGCCGGUGAGUUGCACGGCAAACUGGAGACAUUGGAGAUAGCUCUCACCAACAAAGAGAACCAAUACAUCCACGCUCAAACGCGCAUCACUGAUCUUAGUCGAGAGCUCGAACAGCGCACACACGAUCAUCAAGCUGAGCUGGAAAGUGUUCUCAAGGAUCUUGAGCAGAGAGAAGGCCAAAGCGAACAGCUCGAGCAGCUCCAAAUGGCAGAGGCGCAACUAAAUAAUGAACUUGGUCAACUAAAACAUGCCGCUUCUGCCCGUGCCAAAGAAAACGAGCAGCUACAGGUGGAGCGGGAUGAGGCGAUCCUGCGUUGCGAGACAGCAGCGAGCAAGAACAACGACCUCAGCGAGCGGCUGUCACAACUCAGCGGUACCCUGUCGGCUUGCCAGGAAGACAAUGGCCGCCUUUCCUCAUGCAUUGACGAGGAACGCCGGCGCAAUUCAUCCCUUGAGGAUGAGAACGGUAACCUGGCAUCGCAGGCUGCUGCACUCUCUACUCGCGCUACGGAGCUAGAGGCAGCCAUGCACGGCCUGGAAGAGCAAGCCGCUACUACGACAUCGUCUCUGGAGACAGAGCAACAGGCACAUGCCAAGACAAAGGCCACUCUUCUAGAGGAAAGUGCUGAGGAGAGGGUGAAGCUCGGUUCAGAAAUCGACUCUCUGUCUUCCCAGCUUAGCUCAUCCCGUGCUGAAGUAGCCGAACUCAUGCAGAAGCAGUCAGCUGCCGACAACAUAGCCAGUGAGCUACGUGUCCAGUUGAACAAUGUGAUGGCGGAGAAUGGCGUUCUUAGCACUGAGAUGCAGGAUACGACACAGCAAGCCGCCCGUCUGGAGGAGAAGCUUCAACUGCUGGAAGAAGAGUACUCUGGCAUUGUUUCUCAAUUGGACGGUGCACGAAAUACGCUUCAAGCAAAGGAGGACAUGCUAUCCAACAUGCAAGGGCAAGUAGAAACGCUUGAAGCCGAGUGUUCGCAGUGCAAAGCAGAUGCGCAAUCUCUGGCCGAGCUGACAGAACAACUUGGCCUUACUCAGAGUUCGCUGACCGAGCUGACAGAACAGCUGCAGAGCGUCACGGAGGAGAAAGUUCAAGCAACUGAGCUAGUCACCAAUCUUGCAGAGGACCUGUCGCAGAAAAACAACCAACUUGAUUGUCUCGUGUCUGAAUUCAGCGACAGCAAGGCCAGUCUAGUGACAAUGACGAACGACCUGCGGCUGAAGGAUGAAGAACUGAGUACGCUGAAAAUUCAGUUGACAGCUGCACAGGAAGAACAAAACACUUUGCAAGGCGAGUUAUUGAAGCAACAAGACCUUCACAAUGAACUUGAACUGAAGCUAGACGAGGCACGGCUUGACACGGACAACGCCACUGCCGCAAACCAGGCGCUGUGCGGGGAGCUGUCUCAGCGGCUGUCCGAUUCUGAGCAGCGUAAGCUACAGCUUGAAGCAGACCUGGACAAUGUCCAAAACUCUGCUGCUAGCCAACGAGAACAACAUGCAGAAGAAUAUUCGCAGCUAGCCUCACAGCUAUGCAAGCAGGAGAAGGAGGCUGCUGAGGUGGCUGCACAGCGUAAUCAGCUCUCUCAGGAAUGUUCAGCUCAUGCACAGACAGCCUCGGAGUUACAGGAGCGGCUGGCCAGUGCAGAAUCAGCCAUUGCACAAGAUCACGCCAAGGUUGAGAGCAUAACAGCCUUGCUCGAUGCAGAAAAGCAGCGGGCCUGUCAUCUUGAGCAACUCAAGGAAGAAUCAGCAGAACAUGUGACACAACUUCACAGCAAAGUGUCGUGUCUUGAAGAUGCACUUGAGCAGCAGCAAGGCGUUGCACAGACUGCCUUAGCUGACCAAGUCGUGGCAUACAACGAGACCGUUGCCAAGCUGGAGCAAAUGGAGCAAGCCACAGCACAGCAAACCGCUGAGACAUCUGCACAGAUUGAACAGCUGUCGGCGGAUUUAACUGCAUCCAAACAGCUCAUCUGUGAACUGCGCGAGCAGUGUGCCGCAGCCAGUGGUUCCAUGCAAGACCUCGACGAGCAACUACGCUGUGCGACUAGGGAGAAGAGCCUAGCCGACGAACUCGCUUCAACGCUUCAGCAGCGUCUUGCAGAGAGAGAAGAAUCUGAGGCCAGUCUUGGCCACAAGCUGCAAGAUGCUAAUUCGGAAAAGGAUAGCCUAUUAGCAUCACUUAACGCUUCCCGAAUCGCCUGCGAUGAGCUGCAAUGUCACGUGAACGAGUCGCGGGAUGAGAAGACGCAGCUGCAAGAGGAGCUGGGUGCCGCAAAUGACGCACUUCAUGUCGUUUCCGAAGACCGUGAUCGCCUCAACAGUGAGCACGAGCGACUGCGCUCUUGCCUGCAUGACGUAGAGGAGAACAGUGUGCGAGCAAUGACAGACUUUGAGGAGACCCUCGCCGAGCAACGCACUACCCUAUCAGCGACCAUUGGCGACUUGAAGAGCGAGCUCCUAUCUGCUGCAGACCAUCUUGCAGAGGAACAGUCCAAAGCAGCCAGCAGUGCACAGAUGCUUGACGUUGAGCGGAACCGAAUUAUCGCCCUGGAUGCGGAGAAAUCUGAUCUGGUGAAGAAAUCCGCUCAGUUUCAGGCCCAUGCUGCUACACUGGAGGAGACGAUUAGAUCUCAGCAAAACACUCUGCAGGAAAACGAAGCUGAGCGUACCGAGACCAAGCGACAGCAUGCAGAGACACUGCUUGAUCUGGAACAUGCAAUGGCGGAGGCAGAUCAGCAUCAUCGUCAGGAACUUGAUCGGCUCUUGCGUGAGCUCGCCGUGGCUAAGGAGGAUGCUGACGGUGUCACAGACCAACUUCGCGCCACUAAAACCUUGGUCGGUGAACUCCGCGAGUCAUGCAACAGCAUAGAACUAGAGAAGCAAGAUGCUCUGUGUCGUGCUGCAUCACUUGAAGCUGAACGCUUGAAGAACGAGACAGCACUCGCUGAGCUAGAGGUCCAGCGUUGCACCCUGACUGAUCAAGUAACGGCAGCCACUGAUGCAAUGCGCCAAAAGCAGAAUGAUCUGACCGAUGUUGAACUUCACGUGCACUCAGAGCGCCAGAAGUGCACUGCACUGGCACAAGAAAUUGUCACUCUCCAGGCCACGGAGACCACUCUCAAUGAGAAGAUUGCCGACUUACUUGUUGUGCAGGACAAUUCAACAGCUUCACUGAAGACAGCACAGUCGAUGUGCACCGACUUGGAGGAUCAGCUUCGCACUGUGCGAAGCAGCGAGUCAUGCCUUGGGGAUGAUCUGAAUGUGACCAAGCAAUCACUCUACAAUGCUAAUGCUGAGCUGGCUGAAGUCCGUGCCCGGCUGUUGUCAAGUGAACAGAACUAUGGAAAUGCUCAAACCAGCGCCGAGCGGCUGACCGGUGAUCUGCAAGACCUGCAGUCUUCUUGGAAUGCAGAGCGACAGGCACUUUCUUCUGAUCUUGCCAGCAGUCUGAGGACAUGCGACGAGUGGAACUCUAAGUUUGAUCAUCUGCGGAGCAGUGCUGAUGAGCUGGAGACCCAGCUGCUGGCAUCCAAUGAAUCUUGUGACAAGAAGCAAGUGGAGAUUGUCGCGCUCAGCGAGAAACUGGCAGCCAGUGAACGCGACCUUGCGGUUAUGUCCGCCGAGAGUGACUCUCUGCAGUCGCAAACUGCCAAUCUGGAAGAGACGCUUGCGGAUGUCCAUACCCGGUACAAUGACAUCGAACAACAGCAUGCGGACUGCGCAGCAGUAUCCGCACAGCAGGAAGAUAGACUGCGUAGUGCAGAAACCGCAUUGGCGCAGGCUACAGCAGAGGUGGCAAGUGCGUCAAAGCAUCUACAGGACGAGAGAGAUCGUCUGUGUAGCCUAGAGGCAGAAAAGAACAGAAUCACAGAGCAGUCGGGUGUGCUUGAGAGCCGCAUCUCUCAGCUGGAAGAAGCUCUCGGCCAACAACAAGCAAUCGCUGGGGGACUGCAAGGCACACUGGAUGAGAUGGAGCGGCACCAUGCAGACGACUUGUCAUCUGCUACCAGCCGCAUAGAAGAGCUGUGCCAGCAGCUGGACCGUGCUGGCACCGAAAACCAAGACAUGUGCGAGCAGAUAUCCUGCCUCACCGGUCAGUGCGAGCAGAUGGACGCAGGCGUUGGUCAACUCAAGUCCGAGCUUGCCGCAUCUUUAGGCCACGCUGAGCAGCUUAGUGAGAAGGUCAAGUGUCAAGAGGCAGAGGUGAGUAGUUACAACUCACAGCUGACGAGUGUGGAGCAAGAGUGCGAACGCUUGCGUCAAACUGAAGCCCUACACAAAGGCAGUCAAACCGAAGCCAAGCUGAGAGCCAGUCAGCUAGAGACCGAGCGAGAUGACCUUCAUGCUACGGUCGGUGCUGUGCGAAAGUCUUAUGCUGAUCUUGAGCUGCGUUAUGCAACAGCGGAGUCCUGCAGAGCUACGCUCGAACAGGAGCUUGAGCAGCGGAACGAAAAGUCUGACCACCUCGCAGCUGAAGUGCAGGAGUUGAUGACCAAACUUUCAACAUCCGAGACCUGUGUUCAACGGGCGACUUGCUUGUUCGAAGAGUCACGACAAGAUCUGACAGUUGCACAGGAGGCAUGGGACUUGGAGCGGCAGGGGCUCAUGGAGCGUCUUGCUGAGGCUGGUCGAGUACACAGCGACCUCACUAACCAACUCAAGAAAGCAGAAGAAAAUAUUUGCAGGCUGCAAAGUCGUCUUGCUGAUGCUGCAGAGCGUGAUGAUAAGAACGCCCGGGAGCUCAUUGCCCUCCAGGAAAGAUUCGACGUUUCUGACCAGGAUAGAAAGACACUGACGCUGGAUAACGGCCAGUUGCAGGAAGACUGCCGUCGGCUUCAAGCUUCUUUAGCUCAGCAGGAAGAGAAGACGAAAAACUUGACUGGCCAGUGUAUGGACUAUGUAGCGAGAUGCGAACAGUCUGCUGAGGAGAUUGCAGGCUUGAACGAAAAGUUAGCAUGUGGUCAACCCGAGUUGGAGCAAGCACUGUCCGGAAUCAACAGUGCCAUGCACCUAUUGGAGAGUGAGCGGCAGCAAGUGGCCAUGCUGAUGCAGGAUAACGCAGAACAGUCAGCUACGAUCAGCCAGUUGCAAGACAACACCUGCAAGCUGGAGGAAGUUCUACAGGAGAAAGAGCAAGCUCACGACAAAGCCAUUUCUUCAAUAGAAGAGGCGGCCUCGGCAAAGGAGUCUGAACUUCAACAACACGUUGAGCGACUGUCAUUGGACUUGGCUGAGAUGCAGACGACUAGUAGAUCUGCAUCAGACGAGCUCUCGACCUCUCAAGAGUUAGUAGCUGAGCUGCGUCAAUCCUUGACUGUUGUCGAGCAAGGGAAGAAUGACUGUCAAGAUCAGAUCUGCUCUCUCGUGGCUGAUGUGUCACAAAAGAACGAGGAACUUGAGCAGCUCGCUACCCAACAUACAGCCCUCACUCAGCAAAUGGGUUCAGCCCAUGACAGAAUUGGUCAUCAAGAGCAAGACAUUGCAAUGUACACAGGCCAAUUGCAAGAGUCUCAGAAGGAGUGUAAACGUCUCGAAGAAAAGCUGGAGUGCAUGUUGCAAUCGGAAUCCGCAGCGCAACAACAGUCGGACAAACUCCGCGAGGAGAUGAGCACUAUCUCAAAUACACUGGCUGCAGCAGAGGCAUCACGCCAAGAGCUCGCAGAAGUCUUCGAGCAGUCUCUUGCAGACAAGCAGCAACUAAGCGAAGAGCUAGCACAGGCAAGAGAUACGUUGAACACUACACACGCUGGUAUGACUGCUGACCUGUCAUCAUCCCAGGACUUCAUCAAGCGUCUUCAAAGCCAGUUGCAGGAAUCUGUGUCUGACAUGCAAGUUGCAGAAGAUGCCUGGCAGCUUGAGAGGCAGGGCAUGGCUGAUCGCCUUGCAGAGGUACAGAAGGUGCGCACGGAUUUGCUGGAGCAGCACUCAGCAAUGACAGAAACCAUUGUGGCCCUGAAAGAUGAUGUAGCCAAUGUCAAAUCAAAUGCAGAGCAGAGUCGGUCCGAGGCAGUGUGCCUUGGUGAGCAGCUAGCAGCAGCCAAGCAAGAGCUGGAAGCGCUUCAAGAAGACCGGGAAAAGUAUAGUGACCAGCGUAGUCGAAUGGAGUCAACGCUUGCACAGGAACAAGAACUUACAAGUCUAGCCCAGGAGCAGUGUUCAAUGCUGUCAAAGAAAUGUGAGGAGUAUGCUGAAGAAGUGGCUGCUCUGAAGGAGAAACUGGAAUGUGGCCAGCCUGAGCUACAGCAAGCACUGUCUGGAAUCAACAGUGCUAUGGUAUUGUUGGAAAGUGAAAGAGAGCGUGUGACGAUUCUGGAGCAAGAGGACAGUGAUCGAUCAGCUCAAAUCAGCCAGUUGAGAGAUGACAUAUCAGUAUUGGAGAAAACGCUAGCAGAACAACGGCAAGUUCACGAUGGUGCUCUCUCUUCUAUCCAAGAGACAGCUUCCGCCAAGGAAUCUGAGCUGCAUCAACAAGUCGGAACGUUGUCAUCAGAGUUGAGUGAGAUGCAGAAGUCUGUUACAUCUGUUUCAGAAAAGCUCUCAACGUCUGAGGGAUUUAUGGCCGAGCUUCGUCAGUCCUUGACUGUUGUCGAGCGUGAGAAAGAGGACUGUCAAAAUCAGAUCUACUCACUUGUGGCUGAUGUGUCACAAAAGAACGAGGAAGUUGAGCAGCUCACUGCCAAGCAAACUGCCCUCACCCACCAAUUGGAUUCAGCCCAUGACAGAAUUGGUCAUCAAGAGCACGACAUUGCAAUGUACACAGGUCAAUUGCAAGAGUCUCAGCAGGAGUGUAAACGUCUCAAAGAAAAGCUGGAGUGCAUGUUGCAAUCGGAAUCCGCAGCGCAACAACAAUCGGACAAACUCCGCGAGGAGAUGAGCACUAUCUCAAAUACACUGGCUGCAGCAGAGGCAUCACGCCAAGAGCUCGCAGAAGUCUUCGAGCAGUCUCUUGCAGACAAGCAGCAACUAAGCGAAGAGCUAGCACAGGCAAGAGAUACGUUGAACACUACACAAGCUGGUAUGACUGCUGACCUGUCAUCAUCCCAGGACUUCAUCAAGCGUCUUCAAAGUCAGCUGCAGGAAUCUGUGUCUGACAUGCAAGUUGCAGAAGAUGCCUGGCAGCUUGAGAGGCAGGGCAUGGCUGAUCGCCUUGCAGAGGUACAGAAGGUGCGCACGGAUUUGCUGGAGCAGCACUCAGCAAUGACAGAAACCAUUGUGGCCCUGAAAGAUGAUGUAGCCAAUGUCAAAUCAAAUGCAGAGCAGAGUCGAUCCGAGGCAGUGUGCCUUGGUGAGCAGCUAGCAGCAGCCAAGCAAGAGCUGGAAGUGCUUCAAGAAGACCGGGAAAAGUAUAAUGAUGAGCGCAGUCGAAUGGAGUCAACGCUUGCACAGGAACAAGAACUUAUGAGUCAAGCCCAGGAGCAGUGUUCAAUGCUGUCAAAGAAAUGUGAGGAGUAUGCUGAAGAAGUGGCUGCUCUGAAGGAGAAACUGGAAUGUGGCCAGCCUGAGCUACAGCAAGCACUGUCCGGAAUCGACAGUGCCAUGGUAUUGUUGGAAAGUGAAAGGGAGCGUGUGACGACUCUGGAGCAAGAGAACAGUGAUCGAUCAGCUCAAAUCAGCCAGUUGAGAGAUGACAUAUCAGUAUUGGAGAAAACGCUAGCAGAACAACGGCAAGUUCACGAUGGUGCUCUCUCUUCUAUCCAAGAGACAGCUUCCGCCAAGGAAUCUGAGCUGCACAAACAAGUCAGAACAUUGUCAUCAGAGUUGAGUGAGAUGCAAAAGACUGCCGUGUCUUUGACAGACAAGCUCUCGACAUCUGAAGACUUGGUAGUUGAGCUUCGGCAGUCAUUGAGCAGUGCCGAGCAACAGAAGAAUGACUGCCAGGACCAGAUCUGUUCUCUAACUGCUGAUUUGUCACAAAAGAAUGAAGACCUUCGCCAAUUGGAAGCUGAACAUAGCUCAUUAGCAACACAGCUUUCAGCAGCGCAUGAGAAAGAAAUGCUGCUCAGGUCGGAAUCUGACCUUGCUAGUGAGAAGAACCUAGAAGAGAUACGUGCUGAGAAAGAUUCAGCCCUGGAGUCACUGUCCGCAUCUAAUCAAUGCCGUGGGGAGUUGGAAACGCAGCUGAGCACGGCACGGGAGGAGUGUGCCUAUGCUUCCGAGCAACUUUCCCUGAUGAGGCAAGCGAAGGAGGAUACACAAUGCCAAAUCGAUGAGCUGAGAAACAAGCUGCUGUCGGCUGAAGAGAGUGCAGCAGACAACGAGCGACUGUUAGAAGAGUCCGUGAUAGCGAUGAAGACUGCCAUGGGCCUGUGGCAAUCUGAGAGGGCCAGUCUUACAGAGCGCACUACAGCUGCAGAGAGUAGCUGUGAUGAAUUGUCAGCGCAGAAUGCUGACAACAUGUCAGUGGUGGCCGACCUGAAGACGCGGCUCGCUAAAGCCGAGUCACAGUGUACGCAUGCUGCUGAAGAAGUGCAACAACUUGCCGAAGAAUCAGAUCGUGCCAAGAACCAGCUCAGCACAAUGUGCCGUGAGAGAGAAGAACUGGAGGAGUCACUGCGGACAUUGCAACUCUCUGCUGCUGAGCACGAUGAGAACUGCACAAGUGCCACACUUCGCUAUGACACCCUCAAUCAGCAAUGCGACGCCUACACUGCACGGAUAUCCGAGCUCAAUGCCACUGUUAAGGAGCUUGAGAUCUCGUUGGAAUCAUCCAAAGCUGAGGCACAGCAAGUACUCGCGGAACAAACUGACCGUUACACCUCACUGGCCGAAGCACAAUCAGCCAUUGAGUCAGAGAAAGAAGAUUUUAUCGCUCAAGUUGCUGCUCUGCAGGAAUCUCUGCAAGAACAAGUUGCUGCGACCGCUGCUGCGAAAGAGGAGUACAAGGAGAAAAGGACCUCGUCGUGUCUUCACUGUGAUCGCUUCAAGGUGGAGCAGAAGUCACUCAACAGUGAAGUAGAGCACUUAGAGAAACAAGUUGACAAGUUGUCCACGGACUUGUUCGAGGUACAUGAAAGGUGUAGCCUCCUGUCAUCAGAGAGGGAUGCUGCAUUGAAGAAGCUGGACUCAGUAUCUGCCAUGCCCAUACCAACUGUGCACCAGGCAGACAGCGGAGCCCAGCCUGACACUGCACAGUCGCAGGCUGCCAUGAGAGAGGAAGUGCAGCGACUCCAGGCGGCUCUGCAGGAAAGAGACGAGCAAAUCGAUUUGGAGCGACGGCAAGUGGUGGCAGCGGCCGAAGCAUUCAUUGCUGAGCGAGAAGCUGAAUUUGCUGCUGCCACGCAGCAGGCCAAGCACAGCUCUACAGACUCGGCUUCUGCUGUUGCCCGUGCUGAGGCAGCAGAGAUUGAGAUUGCGCAGCUUCGUCAUGACCUUCUCCAGGAGCGCCAGGCCAAGGCAACACUACUGGCUACGGCGGAGGAACAGCAGCAGGCAGGUUUGCAGACAGGUUUGAAGACAACAUCGUCUGGAAGUGAUCCUUCCCUGGACGUUGUAACGAAACUGGAUAAGCUGCAAUCACGCUGUGCGCAUCUUGAACAGGAGCUGGAGAGUGGACGGCUGGAGUUGAAGACCGCUCAGGCUGAUGCAACAGAAAAGGUUCAGACAAGCAAGUCGCGUGUGGCGUUGCUUGAGAAGGAGAUGACCGGCCUCAGCUCAUCCUUGAAAGACGUUCAAUGUGAGAAUGAUCGAAUGGUGGAAGUGGUGAAGUCGCUUCGGGCCGAAGUUUCCUCACUGGAAGGAAUGCGCGCCGAAGCUAGCCGGGCCAGCGAGGCACUUUCAGAAGUUGAACUCAACCUUCGUAAACAGGUUGAUGAAAACAAAGAACUGCACAAUGACAUUGGCAUGCUGCAGCAACGCUGUGCAGAGCUGAAGGACACUGCUGUAGCACGCCGCCGCUCCGUGUUACGGGAACGUGACAACCUAGUUGCCGCACUACGAGACCGUGAGUCACAUGACGCGUCGCUGGUCUCUGAGCUGAAAGACAAAUGUGAGCAGCUGCAAAAAGAGAACAAGGAACUGGUUGUUGCAGGUAGCAAGCCUGUCAGCGUGAAACUUGCCACCACCCCAGACAGGCAGGGGAGUGUUGGCAAAGUGAAGCUCUGCGUUGCUGCUGAUGCUAGUGUUGAAUCAUUGCCCGAGGAAAGAUCCGAAGCCCUUGACAUGCCCCCACCACCACCACCGGCAGCUGCAUCCACCUCGCCAGCAGCUAGCAGCACUGCAUCAGUACCAGCCUCGACAAAUACACCAGCGGCUGCUUUGUCGCAUGAGAAGUCUCCAAAGUCUCCCGCAGAGAAAGGAUCAUCACUGACGUGCGCCGAGCUGAUGGCUCAGUCUCAGUCUGUUGUUCGUCAGGGCCUGCCGCACACCGUGUCACGCGGAUUGCUCGAUAUUCCGACUGGCUGCGUGACCUCGCCCAUGAUAGUGCGCCGCACGACGCGCUCUGCUGCACUCCUGGGCAAAUCCAAUCUCUUGGGACUUGCUGGCACGCUAGCGACCUCCACUGCCUUACCUGCAGCUCCGCAGAGUGCUUGUCUGAACAAAGUGGAAGCAGCGUCUGCAGGGUCCAGACCGUCCAGUACAGAACCAGUCAAACUGCUGUCCCCACGCCGGCGUCCCAGGCCUGUCAAGCGCAAGAAUGAUGAAAACUCUGGAGGUGUGAUGAAGAAAGGUACAAGCACGGUUGAGCAACGCUCAUCCAAGCCGCAGAACCCUCCUGUCGGCUCUUCUAGCGUUAGCAGCUCUGUCCUGUCUGAAAGGAACGUGCCCUCGUCUCGUGUUGCCGCUUCAUCGGUUCCUGCAGCGACAGAUUGCACUAAGUCCAGCCUGACUGCGGCCAUGAAGUCCACUGCAGUCCUGCAAUCUAAUGUGCCUGUUGCUGCUGCUGCUGCUGUGAAACCCAGCAGUGCAUCUGCUCCUGCUGUAGAACCUGUAGCAGCGGCAGCAGCCGUCUCGACAACUGAAGCAACAGCGGCCAAUUCCGGUGCUAAGCCGGUCUCCAGUUUAGCCCCGCCGGCUAGACGCUCCACACGGCGACGGGCUCCUGCGGCCCCUGCUCAACCCGAGCCUGAGCAGUGCAAAACACAAUAAGUACCAUUUUAACAUGUAGUUGCACUACUAGUAUAUCGUACACAUGUACACCGGAUUUUGUUUGUACUGGAACGGUACAUGAACUGCAGUGCGCUUAGUCAGUGCAACCUAUCUGACUUGCCAUUUCGCCAACUUUACUUCUUUCGCUAAUUAUUAUUUGCCUGCCACGCAAGACAAGAACACUGUGCGUGCACAUUGCUACCAAUACGUCCAAGCUGAUCGUUUUCAUUUGCAGCAUGAAUGCCCAGUACAUCCUGAUACUCUAACCCAAUGCAUGCUAGUAUUCUUACAUGAAACACAUGGAAACCAAUCAUUCUAGACACAUGGAAAGUGCAGAUUGUCAUGCACGCGCCCAUAGCAAAACUGAGCACAUUCGCUACGUACGAGAGCAUCCGGAUUGUUUUCCCCAUGGCAAAGAAUCCCUCAUCAUUUUGGCACAAAGUCUGAUGGAAUUGCCCUGUUUUUGUGCUUUGCUUACUUUUUUUCAUGAUUAUAUUGAGUACAAUUAUUUAGUUUGUGUGACCGCUGUUCCACUGUUCUUUGUAUGCCAUUGUCGCCCUUUAAAAUUCCCUGUCACACUUGCUGAUAUUGUCUUUUUCUUAUCCUUUUCUUUUUUGUUUUUGUUUCUUUAUAUACAGUUCUUCACCAUGACCGUUGAUAUGUCAAUAACAAUGUUGAAUUGCUAGACCAGUUGUCUACAGCUGGUCUGACUGCUCUUGAUAUCACUGCGUUUGCCUUCAACUGUCGCCCACAUUGCUAACCUAACCAUCAUCAAUUUGCUGACCGGCCGGCCAUCUUUAUUAUUUGUGUUCAUCUGUUGCAAUCUCGUUUUAUGAAUCGACUGUUUGCUAACUUUGCCAUAGGAUAUGUGCGCACACAACAUCGUACACGUAGGCCUUGUGUUGCUCUUGUUUUCUAUUUUUGUUUUACUUUGCCCUGUAUGGAUCUGCAUGAGCUUUGAAUAUUGGCUCAGUGUACACAGUACUACUCAACUGGUGUUGUGAAACUUGGGCCCUUCCCCACAGUGAAAUACAGGUACCAAAUCAUGUACAA